UAAAUAGAUGCUCUGUAUUCAUUACCCUGUACCCAACGACAAACCAGUUUGGUGGGUCUACGAGGUGCCUGCGUGACAUUUUACGGCUAGACUCACAUACACGGACACACACCAUGCGUUUCAAAUUUGUGGAAGGCUUUGUCCGAGGGGGCGAUCAGUUUACUAUAUAAGCUCGAGGGGAAGCUGAUUCAGUCAGAUCAGGUUCAUCCUCUGUCCCAUCAUGAACACUUUAUUGGUAUUCACUGUCUUCUUCGCUGGCGCCUGCAUGGCCGACGUUUCCCACGUCGUAGGCGCGCAUAAAUCAGCUGAAAUCCUGGAGCAGUUCCAGGACGCAGAUCCUGCGGGAAAUUUCCGUGCCGCAUUCAAGACGGAAAACGGCAUCUUCUCCCAAAUGGAGAGUAACGCUGAGGGGGAAAUGCGGGGGGAAUAUCACUACACCGAUCCUGAAGGCAAGCCCGUCGAUGUGACCUGGGUAGCUGGCCGCAAUGGAUAUGUUGCUGCAGGACCGUCCAUCCCGGCUGUCCCAGAAUCCGUGGUCAAAGCCCUGAAGUACAUCGAGGAACACCCCUACAAAGAGUCCGUCGAAAAGAAGUUCUAAUUUCACCAGCUAAACCGAUUUCGGCACGAUAAUAUAAUAAUAUAGACGAUAUAUACAAUAGUUCUAAAAAUUUAUAUGUUCGAAUAAAUUUUACUCUGCGUUUCAA